GCAUUCAUUCAGGUGACGCCUCACUGCCAAAAUCCCCUAUAUCAACAUUCCACCUUGGUGCCAUUUUUUUUAACAAAAUCCUUUCCAGUCUGAACCGUCACCUGCUGCACUGCAUUUGCGUUGCGUUUCCGGCUGGGAUAUUCGCUGAGAUAUUUUUUCCCUUAAUUCCGCGGCGGCAGUUUCCGGUUGUGUAAUUUUUCAUAAUUUUUAAAGUUGCGAAAAUGAAUAAACUUGUGGUUAUCGCUGCUGUCUGUGUGAUGUUCCUGGUUGCCGUGGAUGCCGCUUCCAAUAUUCACUGCACUUGGCACGGAACCGCCCCCUUCUGCAUGCCGUCGUGUCCGAAAGGCAAGAAGGCGGUGGACGGGACCAAGUCGAACUGCGGCCCCAACAAGAUCGCCUGCUGUAUAACCGGCAAGAAGCUGGUCUGCUGCCCCAACGACUGGCAGGGCAACGCUGCCAACGCCAUGGCCAUCGCCAAGACCUAAAUCUCCCCGCCAUCAUCGCGUUAAUUUUCGUUUUCGCUAUACAUUUAUUACCGGUUCGACGGGCAACCGGCUGGCUAACCGGCAGCACCGGCUUUUUUGUGGGCGGUCAUGAAAUGUGCGCAUGCCGCGUCUUCCUUGUAAAGUAUUGCUAAACGGGUUAUUUCCUAUACUUUGAAGCACAGACACUGGUGUGGACCAAGCUUCGGAUUAUACUUGUUUGACUGUAUUUUUCCUGUGUUUUUGUCAUUAUUCGCGCUUUAUUGAAACGGUCGAUAUCGUCUUCGGGUGUAUUUCGCGGAUAAAGAGACUCGUAAUUUUCCACACUUGAAAAAUAAUGUUUCCGGAAUGUGA